AUGACAGCUACCACCACAGAAGCCCAAGCGGCAUGGCAACUACAAGUAGCUGAGGAUGAAUGCCUAUGCACUGAACAGAAACGUUUGGCCGAAGAAGAAGAACGUCAAGUCCAAGCUGUUCGGCUUGAAGAAGAAAUUGCGCUAGCUGAGGAAAAGAAGAAGAACUGCAGCAAGUACCAUGUACUCCCUGAACGUCCCCACCCUACAGCAGCAGAAGAUGAGAUACUAGUAUCAGAUUUUGCCAUGCAGAAACUCAACAAAGGUCUGUAUGUAGAGAUAUACUACUGGACCAAUGACGGGCUAGACGACACUCUCACCAACUAUCACACCAAGGACAAUGAUGGAAUGGUGCCCACCAUGGGAGAAGACAGGUCCACAGCUUGGGUCAGCGUGGCAGCCAUGAGGCCCUCAACCAGUGUAGUACCAGAUCACAAUCUCACCACAGUAGACUUCACACAAGCAGUCCCACACAUGAUCAACUCUCUUGAAGAGAAGGGUUGGCCCAAGCAAAGAGUCCUAAUGCUAGCCUGCUUCUGGGGAGCAAUCAUGAUCCAUAGGCACUGGAACUCGAGGGACAAGUCAGCGCACAAAGGUCUGAUGUUAUUCCAGGAAGAACAACGUCGGGCUUGGCACAAUGCGAUUCCCAUUCCAGCAAACGCUUGGGACAUAUCCAUCAUCAAUGAGACAGUGAUCACAUGCAUGGUGGACAGAGUCUAUAGAGAUGAGAUGACCAAAACAAACAAGAUUUAA